AUGGGUGUUGGUGGACACAAACAUCAUUAUAAUGAUAGUCAAAUUGAAAAAGAGAUGAAAGGCAUUGGUGACACUGAUCCAUUGGCAAAAUUAAAAGAAUUAUGUGGUAAUGAUCAUGGAUGUGCAGGAUUAAAACAACGUUUACAAGAAUGUACCGAUAGAGUUAAUAGUAAGCCAUGGACAAAAGAAACAUGUAACGAAGAAUUACUGGAUUUUCUUCACUGCGUUGAUGAAUGUUGGUCACCACAUAUAUUCAAAUACGUGAAAUAA